GGGUGGAGAUAAACACACAACUACACCUCUGCAGGGUGGAGAUAAACACACAGCUACACCUCUGCAGGGUGGAGAUAAACACACAGCUACACCUCUGCAGGGGUGGAGUCAAACACACAGCUACACCUCUGCAGGGUGGAGAUAAACACACAGCUACACCUCUGCAGGGGUGGAGGCUGACAGGGACUGAAUAUGUUCUCAGAACCAUAACUUCUUCUUCUUCCUGUCUAGUGGCGUCUUUAGGAUGACAUCAGGGAAUGUGGGCGUGUCUGAGGACAGCAGCAGAUAUCAGCAGUCAUGGAGGUGGAGGGCACAGCGGAGCCAGACUUUGUGGACGUGGAUCAAGGGCUGACGCUGGCCUGCGUCGUCUUCCUUUGCCUGCUGCUGAUGGCCAUGAUCAUCCGCUGCGCCAAGGUCAUCAUGGACCCAUACAGCGCCAUCCCCACCUCCACCUGGGAGGAGCAGCACUUGGAUGACUGACGUUCAGUAUGUGUGACGUCAGGCUCACAGCCUGGACCGAACCAGCCUCCUGGGUUCUGCUCAGUGGUGUCUCAGCCCAUUUCACUGAAGAAACUGAGUAUGUAUCUUAACCUGCUUCAGACUGGUUAGUUAACACGUCCUAAUUCUGUAAAUGAGAGGGUUAUUUAUGGGUAAAGGUAAACUCUGAAACACAACAAACUCAUCUGUAGCUACUUUAUG